AUGAAGGAAUAUUCUCCCGUGUCCCUCUCGGUGGCUUCCCCGCGCCAGAGCCCGGUUUCCGACGCCAACUUCGAAAAUCAGGACGAAGACGGAGAGGAUCGCGGUCUUGUUGAAGACGAAGACGAAUACCUCCGCUGGAGUUUGAAUCCAGAGCGACCCCGCAAAAUAUCAGAGAAAAAGCGGCGUGAUUAUGCAAAGUUCCAAUCCUGGAUCGAGUCGAACCAAGACAAGGUGCUGGAAGCAGGCCCUAAGGCGUCUAAGGAGCCGAACUUCGGAUCCGCUGCGCACCUACUGAAGCAGGAGAACGAAAGGUUCAGAAUCAUCCAGACUCCGCGUGAAUAUCAAAUCGAGCUCUUUGAGAGAGCCAAGAGCAAAAACACCAUCGUGGUCUUGGAUACUGGAUCUGGCAAGACCUUGAUUGCUGCUUUGCUGCUUCGCCACAUUCUCGAGAAGGAGAUUGAAGACCGCGCGACUGGACAGAAAAAACGCAUUGCCUUCUUUCUAGUGGACAAGGUAUCUCUUGUAUUCCAGCAGCAUGCCGUUCUCGACUGUAACUUGGAGCACCCAGUCGCCCGCUUCUGCGGUGACAUGGUCGACGAAAUGUGGUCCCGUGAGUUUUGGGCUCAGCAAUUCGAAGACAACAUGGUCAUCGUCUGCACCGCGGCCAUUUUUCAGAAAUGCUUGACACACUCAUACAUCCGCAUGGAGCAGAUCAACCUCCUCAUCUUUGACGAAGCUCAUCAUACCAAGAAGAACCACCCUUACGCUCGUAUCAUCAAGGAUUUCUACAUAAAGGAGCCUGAUGUAAACAAGCGACCGAGGAUCCUCGGUAUGACGGCUUCUCCCGUCGACGCUCAGACUGACAUCAAGAUUGCUACCGCCCAGCUUGAGUGCCUUCUUCAUAGCGAGAUCGCAACAGUGUCUGAGGAGUCACUCUCUAGGGAUUCACAUAUUCGAAAGAUUACGGAAAGGGAAAUCCAUUACAGCAGUCUCCCUAUGCCUUACGAGACAGAGUUAUACCAGAAGAUCAACGCCCUCGUGGGUCGCAACCAGCACUUCAGCAAAGAGCUAUGUUUUGCAAAGGCUGCAACAUCUUCUCUUGGCCCUUGGGCGGCGGAUCGUUUCUGGCAACUUUUCCUGACAGAUGAGACAAUUGUCAGGCUGACACAACGAACCGAAAUGAGCCAUUCUAGCCUUUUCUCCGACGACAGAGAGACUGCGGCAGUUCAGAAACUUCGAGAUGUUAUCCGGACUCAUGAAUUCAAACCCGCCACGCCGACUCUGGACCAAGUGUCGAUAAAAGUCCUGCGACUGUGGGAAGAGCUCAGACUCCGCUUCACAAGUGAACCGAAAUAUCGUUGCAUUGUCUUCGUGGAAAUGAGACUCACGGCCGUACUGCUUGCAGAUCUUUUCAAGCAGAAUCAUAUCAAGCUCUCGUGUCUCAACCCGGCAGUACUUGUUGGCAGCCAGUCAGAUACGGGACUUGCAAAUAUGUCAUUCAAGCAACAAGUCUUGACAAUUCACAGGUUCAGGAAUGCAGAGGUCAAUUGUCUCUUCGCCACUCAGGUUGCUGAAGAAGGGCUUGAUAUACCCGACUGCAACCUCAUCAUGCGAUUUGAUCUUUACAAGUCGGUGAUUCAGUACAUCCAAUCAAAGGGGCGCGCGAGACGGCAGGACUCAGAGUACAUUUCGUUCAUUGAGGGCGGCAAUGGAAGACAAGCCCGUAUGGUGUUGCAGGCUAUGUAUGAUCAGAGCGUGUUGCGCCGCUUCUGCAAUGCUCUGCCCGAGGACAAAAAGAUCAUGGGGUUUGACGUCAAGGCCAGCAUUCUCAAGGGAGACUUGCACUACAAAUCUUAUCUCAUUAAGUCCACCGGUGCCGUAUUGACGUGGACCUCUAGCCUCGAGGUGCUAGCAAACUUCGCCGCUUCCUUGCGCCAAUCCAACGAUGAGGUAUGCGCCCCGGAGUACGUCGUCAUCAAUCAGGGACAGACUUUCGUUGCAGAAGUCCAGUUACCGGAAAGGUCUCCGAUCAUGCAUAUUGCAGGAUUUCCACAAAGUAACAAGCAGGCUGCCCGCUGUUCCGCCGCAUUCGAGAUGUGCAAGGAACUGAUCAAGAAGAAAUAUAUCGAUCACAACCUACAACCAGUCUUCACCAGGAAGCUUCCUGCUAUGCGAAAUGCUCGUCUCGCAGUCAGUUCAAACAAGAGGGCCGAGUACAAAAUGAGAACCAAGCCAGACGUCUGGUUUCGCCUUGGUCCUUUCAGCCACCUCUACGUCAACAUACUGGUUCUCGCAACACCUGAUGCUGUCGGAAGAAACUCAAAGCCGCUGCUACUCCUCACCAGAGAAAAGCUACCCGAUAUUCCGGCCAUUCCUCUGUUCUUUGGAAACGAUCAGCAGUCGGAGGCUUUCGUCGUUGCCCUUCCGGCGCCUAUCCAAGUCUCGGAAAUCGAUUCAGAGCUCUUGAAGUCUUUUACCUUCCGCAUCUUCAAAGAUGUGUUCAGUAAGGAGUACGAGGCACCGAUCCAAAAAAUUCCUUACUUCCUCGCCCCGACUCGGCGUCACCAUUCUGGAGACCUAGCGCGAGCAGACGCUGCGACCUUGAUCGACUGGGACCAUCUUCGGGACACGAAGGAAAGAGAAUAUCUAGAAUGGGACGACGAUGCCGCAGAAGAAUUCUUCCAGGAUAAACUGGUCAUAGAUCCUUAUGCGGGGUCUCGCAAGUUUUACCUACGAGGAGUUCGUAAGGACAUGAAGCCAACGGACCCAGUUCCAGAGGGCGUGCCUGAUCCUGGCCACAGGCCCUGGCGUGAUCCGGAGGUGGAGAAGAACAUCAAGGAGUACAGCGUGAGUCUGUGGAUGAAAUCUCGAGCGAAAAGGACGUGGCGAGAUACCCAGCCUGUCGUUGAGGCCGAAGUGGUAUCACUGAAACGAAACCUUCUUGACGACUUUGUGGAGGUCACCACUGAAGAGUCGAAGAUCUGCUACGUUAUCUUAGAGCCCCUGAGGGUGUCAACUCUCCCCAUAGAGACUGUUGUCAUGGCCUUCACAUUUCCUGCCAUCAUCCACCGCAUUGAUGCGGUCUUGAUUGCCCUGGAUGCGUGUAAGUUUCUGGAUCUCGACAUCCGCCCAGACCUGGCCCUCGAGGCGGUUACGAAAGACUCAGAUAACAGUGACGAGCACGACAAGGACAAGAUCAACUUUCAGAGAGGAAUGGGAAAGAACUACGAGAGACUGGAGUUCCUCGGCGACUGCUUCCUGAAGAUGGCUACGACCAUCGCCCUCUUCACUCAAAACCCAGAGGACAACGAAUUUGCAUACCACGUCGAGCGUAUGCUCUUGAUAUGCAACCAAAACCUCUUCAACAAGGCCGUAGACCGGAACUUACCCGAGUAUGUGCGCUCGAAGUCGUUCGAUCGCCGCAGCUGGUAUCCAUCAGGACUACGCCUUGUCCGAGGCAAGGGGGGUUCGCUAAACCAUCGGCACGCCCUUGCAGACAAGUCCAUUGCCGACGUUUGCGAAGCUCUCAUCGGCGCGGCGUACUUGUCUUAUGCUGACACAAACAACUUCGACAUGGCGAUCCGGGCAGUAACCGCUAUGGUCAAGAACAAGAAUCACCUCAUGACCUCGUGGGGAGAUUACUACGCCGCCUACACCCCUUCCGCGUGGCAAUCUGGACAAUCGACCGCCAUGCAGAAGGAACUGGCGCGUCAGAUCAAGGUGAAUUUGGGAUACGACUUCAAGUGUCCCGCGCUCCUCCGCAGUGCUUUCAAGCAUCCGUCGUAUCCCCGGGCCUACGAGAAUCUGCCCAACUACCAGCGUCUAGAGUUCCUCGGCGAUGCCUUGCUUGACAUGGUCUGCGUGGAUUUUCUUUUCAAAAAGUUCCCCGACGCCGACCCUCAAUGGCUCACAGAGCACAAGACAGCCAUGGUCAGCAAUCAGUUUCUGGCCUGUCUUUGCGUCCAGCUGGGCCUUCACAAGCACGUCCUGUCCGGCCACGCGUCUCUCCUGAACCAAACCCAGGACUUUGUCAACGUGCUCGAGUGCGCAAAGCAAGACGAGGCGGCUGACGGAACAUUCUCGCAGGGUUACUGGAUACACGUCAAGCAGGCGCCCAAGUAUCUCUCCGACGUUGUCGAGGCCUACAUCGGCGCCCUCUUUGUCGACUCGUGCUACGACUACGGCCAAGUUCGCAGCUUUUUCGACGCGCACAUCCGACCCUUUUUCACGGACAUGGCGCUCUAUGACUCCUUCGCCAGCCGUCAUCCCGUCACGAACCUCACGCGUAUCCUGCAAGACGAAUUCGGAUGCCAGGAGUGGCGCUUGAUGGUGAGUGAAGUUGCGCCGAGCGUCGAAGAGGGCGGAGCUGCCGCCAUUACUGGGUCCUAUGUCCUCUGUGGCGUCAUACUACACGGGCAAAUUCACUUCCAUGCGGCCGCGGCCAGUGGCCGAUAUGCCAAGGUUGCGGCUGCGAAGAGAGCGGUCGAGAAACUGGAGGAUAUGGACGUAGCAGCCUUCAGGAAGGAGUAUGAGUGUGACUGCGAGGCUCAGGGGGGGGAGAAUACCAUUGCGGAUCAUGGCACCGCCGUAUGA